UACAGGUCUAUUGGCUUUUCCCAAAGUUGCCAGAGAUGGAGGACCUUCUCGGUGGAUAAAUUUAAUUUGUGCCAAAAACUGGGUGACACACAUGCAAAUGGAGAGCCAUGAUUUAAUACCAUUGAUAACUUUGGAAAUGGUUUAUGCACAAUCUGUGAUCCCUGUAUAGUAAUUGGGGAUGGCAGGCAAAACGUGAAAUAGCUGAGAGUGGUUGGCUAAAGCCCUUGGGUGUGUGCAAAAUCAUAUUGGAAUCAGAGGAUUUGGGAUGACUUUAAUCAGACCUUUUUGUACUGUAUGGGAUUGUUAAAAGAGCCCAAGAAUGAAGAAGGGUGUGAGUUGUAAAUGGCUUCUUCUAGGCACGAGAGCAUUGAUGAAGAGACAAGACCAGACCCCUGGGAGACAAUUUUCUGGAUUGUAACACAUCACCAGAUAUUUGCUACUGCCAACACUACUCACUUGGAGGAGCACUAUCACCUCUUGGUUGACAAGAUCUACAAGAUCCAGAAGGAGCUGCAGCAGAAGCAACAGAAGAGGAUGCAGGAUUCAGGAGGUACUGAUGCUGCCGCUGGAGGCAUCCUCACGAUGGCAGCAGCGCAGCUGUCCCAGCCACAGCCUCCCCACUAACUGCCCAGACCUGUCCAUUGGGAAAAUGUAGCUCUUUCAACCAACGUGUAUCAGAAUUAUGCGGUACAUAACUAUAUGGUCUUGAAGGGUUAUUUUGGUGUCAGUGUUGCUUUGGCUCAGCAAUGAAAAGUGGACUGGUAGAAUGGGGCGUCAGGUUGGCAUAGUGACACUUUUGUCACCUGCCACUUCUGUGAAUCCAGCCCAGGUUUAAUUUGUGGAUUUUUUAGUCUUUACUUAACUUUGUGGAUUUUUCUCAUCUCUAUAAUAAUCCUGGGGAGUUUUUCCUUCCACUUCUUAAACUGAACACUAUCCUUAUA